AUGGAUGCCAUGGGAGCUGUGACCAUGCUAGGAGAGGAAGGGAAGGAGAGAGUCCAGGAGAUACUGAGUCAAGUUGCCCUCUCCUACCUCUCCCAUGUCAGCUAUCAAUGGCAGGCAGCAGGAGGUGAAGAUUCUAACAUCUCAAGUUUCAACAGCAAAGAGGGAACCUUCAGUGACAGAAUCCACCACAAGAGAGAGUUCCCCCAUUUUAAAGAGAUAUAUGGAGUUGGGAAAGACAGACAUGAUGGCAGGUGUGGUUGGGUUUAUCAGCCUCGUCCAGGGAAGCAAAAAUGUUUCCCAUUAAGUGUUUCCAAUGUAUUUUCUGGCACCACACAGAAUAUCAUCUCUGCAAAUUCUACAACAGUUUAUCCUUAUUGCUCACCUACCUACUCUGUGGUCACUCCCAGCCUACAGAACACCAUCAUUCAUCCAGUUGGUGAAGUCUCACCUGCUAUCCAGCUGCCCACACCUACAGUCCAGUAUCCAAACUUCAUCAUGCUUUUCCAACCCAGCAUCUCUGGUGCUGCCCAAGUGGUUCAGGCUCCAAGUAUGCCCCCCCCAGGACUGCCACCCCAAGUCUUUGCUGGGCCUUCCCAAAUGGACACUCAUUGGCUACAUUCUGGAGCCCGUCACUCUGUAAAAAGACCCACCCCUGUCUCUCUGGAAAGCACCGAUAAGAUUCCAAAAAGUGCAAGUACUGUCCAUGCCAGAUUUGCAACCCUGACCAUCCAACCUCCCAAGGAGUAUUCCAGCUUUACUACUUGUCCCAGAAGUGCUCCGAUUCAGGAUCCUCCCAUUCCACAUGUCUACCAGCCCUCUCCCCUUGGCCACCCAGUUACACUUUUGGGGGCACCACCGAGAUCCUCUUUUCAUCACCCUUACUUCCUACCUGGACCUCACUAUUUCCCAUCAAGCACUUGCCCUUGCAGUCGGCCUCCCAUUGGCUAUGGAAAUUUUCCAAGUUCAAUGCCAGAAUGUCUUGCUUAUUAUGAAGACAGGCACCAAAAACAUGAGGCUAUUUUUUCAACUUUAAAUAGAGACUAUCCUUUUAGAGACUACCCAGAUGAACACACACACAGAGAAGAUUCUCAGAGCAUGGAUGGGACCGCUUGCUAUAACAGCCACAGCCACAGUGGGGAUGAAUACUUACACCUGGUAACUCAGCUGGACAUUGGGGCCUUGGACAUUUUCACAGCCCUGGUGUCAAUGCCACUCAGCAUCCAGCAGGUCAAUGUCACUGACAGUGAUGAGGAGGAAGAAGAAAAGGUGCUCAGGAAUUUAUAA